GCUGAGAGCUCAGGGGUUAGCUCGUGACGCCAUCGCGACAAGGUUGUGUAACAGCGGAAGUACCCGGCUGAGCACGCCGCUGCCGCGCGUUCUCCAAAAUAAAAACAUACCCUGGGUGGCCGCUGAACCCGCGGAACCCUAUUAUAUGCAGGUGGAGUCUGUGUCAGUAGCAAGUCUGGGAGCAGUUGCUCCAUUAACAGAGAAAGCUGCUUGCAGAGACUUUCCAAAUCUUAUCAAAUCUUUUUAGGCUGAAGAAACAUAACCAGUGAAAAUGCCACGUAAAACUGCAGAGCAACGCCAGCUGGGUGGAAGGAAAAAAGAAGAUGCAGGAGCUGGAGAGCAAGCACCAAAAAGACAGAGACUAAAGCCAGUGGAAAAUAAAACCUCUGCAGAAGUUUGUGAUCAAGAGCAAAAGGCAAAAAAAAACCCAGUCCAGCUUCGAUAUCCAGCCACACAGAACAACACUGUGCAUUAUGUCUAUAAGAGGACGUUGGGUCAGAAUGACAGUGGCCAGCUACGCCAGUGCUUACAACAAUCUUUCGUCCGCUCGCUGUCUUCUUACAAACUCUUCCGGGUGGCUAGUCCAUUUACCCGUCGUGUAACCUGCCUAGAAUGGCACCCAACUCACCCAAGCACUGUGGCUGUUGGCUCAAAAGGAGGUGACAUCAUCUUAUGGGAUUACGAGGUUCUAAACAAAACCACAUUGAUACCAGGGAAAGGAGCUGGAGAUUUUAUUGGAUGUAUCAAAUUCAGCCCCACAAACUCCAACAGAAUUUUCACUGUGUCAGGAGAUUGCACAUUGAGCCUGCAGGAAUUUGGAGGAACAGCUCAGGUUUUCUCCAGGACUGCAGAGGAAUGUUUCUGGUACUGCAGCCUGGAUGUGUCUGCCAGCAGAGAACUUGUGGUGACAGGUGACAAUGUGGGAAAUGCUUUGUUGCUGAGUACUGAUGGUCACAAGAUUUGGAAUCAGCGACUGCAUAAGAAGAAGAUAACCCAUGUGGAGUUUAACCCUCGCUGUGACUGGUUGCUAGCCACAUCAUCAGUGGACCAAACAGUCAGAAUAUGGGAUAUUCGCAAUAUAAAAGAUAAGAACAGCUUCUUAAAUGAGCUUUUACAUCAGAAACCUGUUAAUUCUGCAUAUUUCAACCCAACAGAUGGCUCCCGGCUCCUCACUACUGAUCAGUAUGACGAGGUCCGCUUGUACUCUUGUGCAAACUGGUCAUCUCCCCAGCUUGUCAUCAACCAUCCUCACAGACAGUUUCAGCAUCUCACACCUAUCAAGGCUACUUGGCAUCCUCUGUAUGACUUAGCAGUGGUUGGACGAUACCCGACUGCUCAAAGCAGUGCCCAGGAACUGCGCACCAUUGACAUGUUUGACACAAGCACAGGCAAACUAGUGUACCAGCUAUACAGCUCCCGGGCUUCGGGAAUUGUUUCGCUAAACAAAUUUAAUCCAUUAGGAGACACUCUGGCCUCUGGAAUGGGAUUUAAUAUCCUGAUCUGGAGCCAUGAAGAUGUGGUGGCAGGUAAACAAGAAACUCUCCUGACAGCAAUGCAGAACCAAGGCUUGGGAAGUAACGUCACUCCGAGAAGGCAUCGUCAAAGUGAAGCUAGAAGUGCUGAGCUGGCCAGGCGCAUGACGACAGCCGGGACUAACAGCAAGACUAAAACCAAAGAUCAUAUGAAUAUGCCAAAAGGGAAGCGUCUCUAAUUAGAAAUUAAAUUAUUUUUUAUAUGUACUCAUGUAUUGAGCCUAAACAUCUAAGUUUCCAGGGGUUUUGUCUGUUUUUUAUGAACAUAUAUAUGUAUUAUUUUUGUAAAAAUAAAAAGAAGCUAGUUUAAGGCAUAGAUGGAA